CUUGGCUCCAAGAUGACCAAAAAAAGGAGAAACAACGGUCGUGCCAAAAAGGGCCGCGGCCAUGUGCAGCCAAUUCGCUGCACUAACUGCGCCCGCUGUGUGCCCAAGGAUAAGGCCAUUAAGAAGUUCGUCAUUCGGAACAUCGUAGAGGCGGCUGCCGUCAGGGACAUAUCCGAAGCAAGUGUCUUCGACGCCUAUGUGCUCCCCAAACUCUAUGUCAAGCUGCAUUACUGUGUGAGCUGUGCUAUUCAUAGCAAGGUAGUCAGGAAUCAAUCUCGGGAAGUUCGGAAGUACUGAAC